AUGCACUCGACAACAGCCGCCAGGGACAAUUGGACCACAGUCUUCACUUCCAGGCAGGCCCUCUACACCAAGCCUCUUUCACUCAAAAACAUAAAACAAAGAUUAGCAAAGGAGCGGAGAGAAGAGAAAAAAAGACAAGAUGAUGCUAAUAGAGAGACACAACGACUUGAAAAAGAAAGAAAGUCUAAGAUCGUAUAUGAAAAACAGAUGGAAGAGAAACAGCGAAAGCUGAGGGAACAGAAAGAAAAAGAUGAACAACGGAGAAUAUCUGCAGAAAAAAAGAGAAGCGAAAUGCUAGAGGAAGAAAGGGAGAAAGUCAAAGCCGUCCUUCACCGUACACUGGAGAGGAGCAGCCACAUUAGCCGCUCAAAAAGAUGGUCAUGGGAGGGUUGUACAACAAUCAAUUCCCAAAAUAAGACUGUCAAUAAACAUUCUACAUCUACUGAAAAGCUUGAGCAGGGGACUUGUGGAUUACACAAACAAAUGUCAUCUACUGGUCUUCAAAAUUCUGUUGCCAAGAAAACACAAGAAAAAAGGCGAAGUUCAUCUUUGAAUAGAAGAUGUAGCAGACUGCCUUCAUCUACAGAAACAGAACAAGAGGAAGAAAAACGACCUGGCAUCCACAAUAUAAUCCAAUAUGUAAACAUGCCCCUGCUUAGGCUUAGUGGUGAUGAAUUGAAGAGUCCCAUAGUGCUUCGCAAGUCAACGGCGAUGAUGCCUUUCCAGGAGAAAGUAGAAAUACCUUCCAAGACUAGUGUGGGAGUGGCCCACAAGGCGAGUGUGGAAGUGCUCCCUGAAGUGAGCGUUGAAGCACUCACCAAGGCAAGCUUGGAUGAAUCCCCCCAGGUGAACAUGGAAGCACCCCCUAUAGAGAGUGUGGAAGCAUUCCCAGAGGAGAGCAUGAAAGAACACCCCAAGGUGAGUGUGGAAACACUCCUGGAGGUGAGCAUGAAAGAACACUCUGAGGUGAACGUGGAAGCACUCGCGGAGGAGAGCAUGAAAGAACACCCCAAGGUGAGUGUGGAAACACUCCUGGAGGCGAGCAUGAAAGAACACCCUGAGGUGAGUGUGGAAACACUCCUGGCGGCGAGCAUGAAAGAAUACUCUGAGGUGAACAUGGAAGCACUCCCGGAGGAGAGCAUGAAAGAACACCCUGCGGUGAAUGUGGAAGCACUCGCGGAGGAGAGCAUGAAAGAACACCCUGCAGUGAGUGUGGAAACACUCCUGGAGGCGAGCAUGAAAGAACACCCUGAGGUGAGUGUGGAAACACUCCUGGAGGCGAGCAUGAAAGAACACCCUGCGGUGAAUGUGGAAGCACUCGCGGAGGUGAGCUUGGAAGCACCCCCCAAGGUAAGUGUGGAUGGACUCCCAGAGGUAAGCACAGAAGAACACCCCAAGGUGAGCAUGGAAGCACUAGCAGAAGUGAACAUGGAAGGACCCUCUGUGAAUGUGGAAACAUCACCUGAGACAAGUGAGGACCUAUCCCAUGAAGCACAUGUGGACUCAUCCCCAGAUGUGAGUGUGAACCCAUCUCCGGAGGUGAGUAUAGACUCAUCCCAGGAGAUGAGCACGGAAGCAUCAUCUGAGGCUAGUGUGGACAUAUCUCCUGAGGCGAGCAUGGAAACACUCCCCGAGGAGAGUGUGGAAACAUCCCCCAAGGAGAGUGUAGAAGCAUUCUCAGAGAUAAGCAUGGCUGCACUCCCAGAGGAGAGUGUGGAGGUGCUCCCCAAGGAAAGCACGAAAGGGCCUUCUGAGGCAAGUGUAGAGGCGCCCCUGGAGACCUCCCCUGAGGUGACCGUGGAAAUAUCUUCCAAGAAAUCAGAAAUGGACAAACAGCCCUCAAAUCCUAUUACCAAGAAGCGCAUACCACCAUCGCAGAUCCCGUGUUAUAGAUGGUCGUCAUCUCCUACAAGAAGGUGGCGUCCACCAUCUCCCAUCAGUACUAGCAGGCAAAGUCAAAAGAAUUGCCCCCUAUCACCUUCACCUGGCAUGUCAAAACAAUCGACACAGUUUUGUUUUUCUUAUAAAGUAACUCCUAUGCAGUGUACUGUACUUGCACAAAAUGCAUUAGGUACUAUGGGAAUGAAAAGCAAAGCCGGUUCUAACACCAUUAACAACUCUGAGACUGCAAGCCAAAAGGAUAUGAUCUGUGAAGAAUCUGGUAAUAAAGGCACACCAGGACCUAAGAAUGCUGAGGAGGCAACAAAGAUUUUGGCAGAAAAAUGACGCCUUGCUCGUGAACAAAAAGAAAAAGAAGAAAGACUACAAAAAGAGAUGGAACAAAGGAAAAUGAAAGAUGUAGCAAAGAAAGUGGAUGAAGGUCAAGAAGACAAAUUUUCAAAAUUUGGAGAUGGGCAACAACCAAAGGAGAUGAAGAAGAGAGAAAGUCAGGAACAAGAAGACCAAAAAGUAGAACUCCAGAAAAGUGACGCCAAAAUAAAAGCUCAGGAGGAGGCUGACAAACGCAAGAAGGAGCAUGAGAGGAUUAUGUUACAGAAUCUGCGAGAGAGAUUAGAAAGAAAAAAGAGAAUUGAGGAAAUUAUGAAGCGGACAAGAAAGCCAGAUUCAAAUGCCUCAAAGGCUGCAGAAACAUUGAGUGGUGAUGCAUAUGAGGAGGAUGAGGCAGAUGAUGAGGACGAAUCAGAAAGUGACAAUGAUUCCUUUGAUGACAUGCAUCCAUCAGCUACUAUAAAUGGCAUGGAUUCAUCCCCAAAACCAAAAACACAUGUUAAAAAUGUGAGGAACACUAACAAGUUUUUAGAUGUGACUUCUAGCCAAAUCCAUAAAGAAGAGACAAAAGCAUUUUUAAAUACUGACAUGAAAACCUUCAGACAAAAAACAGUGAAAGACCCUUUGAAUCAGACAAAGAGUACCAGAUCCUCCACCAAAAGACCAACCAACCGAGCAGCAAAAACUGGAAAGGCGGAAACCAGCAGCACCAUGGGACCUUCCAAGAGUUCACAUUCAGAGGUACAGAAGUGGAUGUGUGACCAAAUUAUCGACUUCUCAAGAGAGACAGAACCACCUGUGUCCAGUUUCCCUCCUGAGAGCCCAGAACACCAGCCGAGAGGCUCUGUGACAUCCUGCUCGAGUCACCAGCCACCUAUAGACAACAAAAACGGAAGCAAAUCUGUGCCUGCUCCAUCAGAUAUGUAAACCUCAUCCAGCCUAGAGGAGAAUCCAUUCUCCACUCUGGAUUUUGACCUCCAGGCCCACCUUUCAAAACUUCUCUGCUUCCUACAUGAACCCGGCAAAGAAAAUGACUCUCAAAAAAAAAUCAUCUUAAUGUAUCUCAGAAGAUGCUCAUAUCAUCUUGGGUCUUGCCCAUAAGCAAGGGUUCUGAGUAAAGAGUCAUUUUUUUGCUGUAAAAAUCUCCAUUGUCUGUCAUUCUUGUAUUUUCCUGCCAACACAUUUGUGUAUCAAGUGUGUCUUUAUAAAAUGUUCACUCUUAAGCAUAUAUAAAAUGCUAAGGGAAUCUUACACCAAAAGAAGUGUUUAUAUCAGUACCUAUUUGAAAUCUUGAGAUCAUAUUUACUGCAUUUAACAAUUACAUUUGUUUCUGUUGUUUAGUCACUAAGUUGUAUCUGACUCUUUCCAACCCUAUGAACUGUAGCCCACCAGGCUCCUCUGUCCAUGGGAUUUCCCAGGCAAGAAUACUGGAGUGGGUUACCAUUCCCUUCUUCAGGGAAUCUUUCCAACCCAUGUCUCCUGCAUUGGCAGGCAGAUUCUUUACCGCUGAGCCACUAGGGAAGCCCCAACAAUUGCUUUAAUUUAGCAAUAAAAACUUACAUUCAGUCUGGUAGAGAAUGUAAUAAUGGGUCUUAAGGGUCUCAAGAUUCCUCACACAAGUUUUGUUGGAUUGUUCUUAAUAUACAAAAAUACAGAAAGUUGCAAGAUACAUUUGUCAUUAAUGUAUGCUUGUUUCUAACUCUGACAUAGUCUGCCAGUCCUAGGCACAGACACUGGUACCUUCAAAUGCUGGCGGUCCUAGAAGGUGUAGUUUUGGUUUUUUUUUUUUUUCCAUCUUUCCUGCUUUUGUCAGCAUUCAUUUUGGAAGUACAUAUUGAGGUUUAUAAAAACAUGUUAUUUUUAUUGUGUACAUAAGGCAGUAUUUGGCUGUUGUCCGAUGGGGUAUGUUCAAUUCCUCUACAUGUUUACUGUGUAUAAUCCUUUUCUGCUUAUGUUCUCUAGGCCUGCCAUUCAGUGUACACUUAGGCUUGAGAUGUGGAACCAAAAUUUGUUUGCCUUUCUCUAGCCACUGGCUGCAAGUGAGUAAAGGGACAGUGUUUUUCUUCGGUCCCCGCUGUAGAUAGGCACAGCACAUACACAGUGGACAUGCACACAUGUAUAUACACACGUGUACACAGGAUAUAUGUUUCCUGAAAUCCACUGAAUCAUGCUUAAAUGAUUGACUAAAACUUGAAUUCAGAUUAGUUGUCCUAAUGCUAAUGAGUUUUCUGGUGGAUCACAAAUAGCUUGAAGCAGGCCCAUCUUCCUUUGUAGCUAGCAGUCUUGAAUUAGUAAAAGGAAGUAGUUAUUCUUUCUGAUUCCCUAGUUCUUUGCUAUUCAGAGUACUGUAUCUUUGUUAUAGAUCAGAGCUUGGUGCCUUAGAUUUUAAAACCUUAUAUACACAAUCUCUUAUAUAAAAGGCAGAGACAAUCAUUGUAACAAAAUGUGCUUCUGAUAUUUUUCUGCACAAAUUUUACACAUUGAAACACUGUUAAACCUUCAUUUGUGUGCUCUAUGCAAUAAACUUUGCAGGUAAAGCAA